UAUUCUACUGAUUCCCUUCCAAUCUCCCUCUAUAAAUACUCACUAUUCCACAUACCCUUCUUCAUCACUAGCUACUACACAUACUAACUAACAACACCAAUAUAUAUAUAUGGCUUCUUCUUCUUUUUCUUCAAUGGCUGUUAUUGUCUCAAUGGCUUUACUUCUUCUUCUUGUUAAGAGCUCAUCAGCUCAGCUUUCCACUAACUUCUACUCCUCUUCUUGCCCUAAGUUAUUCUCCACUGUUAAAUCUGGAGUUCAAUCAGCCAUCUCAGCGGAGAAGCGAAUGGGCGCUUCGCUUCUUCGGCUUUUCUUCCAUGAUUGUUUUGUCGAUGGUUGUGAUGGUUCCAUUCUGUUGGAUAAUACAUCAAACUUCACAGGUGAGAAGGAUGCAUUGCCUAACAAGAACUCAGUCAGAGGGUUCGAUGUCAUUGAUAAGAUAAAGAAACAAGUUGAGAAAGCUUGUCCUGGAGUUGUCUCUUGUGCUGAUAUUCUAGCCAUUGUUGCAAGAGACUCUGUCGUCAUUCUUGGAGGACCAAACUGGAAUGUGAAGUUGGGAAGGAGAGAUUCAACAACUGCAAGUGAAUCAGCAGCAAACAACAACAUACCUCCACCAUCAUCAAGCUUGAGCAAUCUCAUCUCUAAGUUCUCUGCUCAAGGCCUCUCCACCAAAGACAUGAUUGCCCUCUCUGGAGCACAUACAAUAGGGAAAGCAAGAUGCAUUUCAUUUAGAGCUCACAUUUACAAUGAUAGUGACAUUGAUAACUCAUUUGCAAAGACAAGGAGAGCCAACUGCCCUAGCAAGUCAGGUUCAGGAGACAAUAACUUGGCACCACUUGACUUUGAAACCGACACCGAGUUUGAUAAUUACUACUACAAAAACUUGAUCAUCAAGAAGGGACUUCUUCACUCUGACCAAGAACUCUACAAUGGUGGCUCUGCUGAUUCUCAAGUUAAAUCUUAUGCUAACAGUGAGAGCACCUUUUUCUCAGACUUCACUGCAGCCAUGAUCAAUAUGGGAGAUAUUACUCCUCUCACUGGUUCUAAUGGGGAGAUUAGAAAGAAUUGCAGGAAGAUUAAUUAAGUCAAAUGAGUUAUUAAUUACUUCUUGUUAACUUAAUUGUUAUCCAAGUGUAUGUUUAUUUGUGAGUUGUUGUGGUCUAUAUAUAAUUAGAGUCCAUGCAUGCAUGCAUGUACUCAUGAUAUCUUUUAAGUUAUUUCAAGUGUUCAAAGUUGGUGUAUGGUUUAAUUAUCUUUUAAGUGGAAAGAAUAUUGAUU